AUUUUUUCCGACAUCAAUGUAGUUAUGAUUCAAAAAAUUCGCCCCCCCCCCACGCCCAACCAAAUCCUGGCUCCGCCGCUGGUCUCCGACCCGCCACCUGAGCGAAAGAGCGGCGGAACUCAGACUAGCACUUCUUGCUGGACCACAUGGACGGCGGCGGCGCCGGCAGCAGAGUGAAGGUGGUCGGGCAGGUGGAGCGGGUGGACGGGCGGUCGCUGACCUACCCCGAGUUCGUCGACCGCUUCAUGAAGCCUAACCUCCCCGUCGUCCUCACGGGCCUCACCUCCUCCUCGCGAUCCUGUGAGGACUGGACGCUCGCCGGCACAGACGGUCGCCGCCGCCCCAACCUCGAUUUCUUCGCGCAAAACUUCCCCUCCCCUCUUGUUCAGGUUGCUGAUUGUUCCUCCAGAGAGUUCACGGACCAUAAGCGGCUAGAGAUGUCCAUGCAGGAAUUCAUAGACAUUUCGGUUAGGAAUUCCUCUUGUUCAAGCAAUGGUGACUGUGAAGCUUCCCUGCUUUACCUGAAGGAUUGGCAUUUUGUUAAGGAGUAUCCUGAUUAUGUUGCAUACACCACACCUACGUUCUUCCUCGAUGAUUGGCUCAACAUGUAUCUUGACAGUCAUCCCAUGCAUAGAGAUCCUGACAUCGCCAAUCAUAAAAAUGAAAUAAAUUGUGCUGACUAUCGAUUUGUUUACAUGGGAGCAAAAGGAACUUGGACUCCUCUUCAUGCUGAUGUUUUUAGGUCAUACAGCUGGUCAGCAAAUGUGUGUGGGAGAAAACUAUGGCUCUUUCUUGAACCUUCACAAAGUCAUCUGAUCUUUGAUAGGAACCUACGAUCACCGGUUUAUGACAUAAAUGAUGAUGUUUCUGAAAAGCAGUUUCCUGACUUCAAUAAGGCUGAAUGGAUAGAGUGCAUCCAAGAGCAGAAUGAAAUAAUUUUUGUGCCCAGUGGGUGGUACCACCAAGUCCAUAAUCUGGAGGAUACUAUAUCUAUCAACCAUAAUUGGUUCAAUGCCUACAACCUUCAUUGGGUGUGGAACUUGCUUCACGAAGACUACAAAGUUGCAAAAGAGUAUAUUGAAGACAUCCGUGAUAUAUGUGAUGAUUUUGAGGGGCUUUGUCAACGCAACUUGGCAGCAAAUACAGGCAUGAACUUCUAUGAUUUCUUCAUUUUUAUAACACGGUUUGUUUUAGCCAAUGUAAUUGAGCUAUACCAUAUUCGAGAGCCUGAGGAUGCUAAAUUCAAUUCAACAGAAACCACUCACCCAUUUGUGUAUAACCUCAUGCAAAUUCGGGAUGUUGCAUCUAAGAUGAUAUCUAAAGAGGCUUUCAGUACCAAGAAUCUUUGUAUCAUCUCGGAAGAAAACCGGAGUGCUAUGUCAGAUGUUACAAAAAUAUUAAAAGAUGAUAGUUUCAGAAGGCUAUGGAUGUCACUGUCCGAGGCAUAUGCAUACAUUGGCAGGGGGCAAAGAAGUUUUGACCAAAUGAGGGAUUUAAAUCAGAAAGGCUGUUUGUCAGUGGCCUGCUUGAAAUCUGAUUGUAAUGUUGUUGAUGACAUUACUUUCUUGAUGCUUGAAAUUCAUGGACCUGGGGACCUGGUGAGGCUAAUUGAUGCUGCUCUACGCAAGUAAUAGUUAUAAGCGCAUAACCGAUGUGUAAACUUGCAUGUGCUAAUCCUGAUUCCCAAGGUAGCCAUUGGAUUUUCAUAGCCAGGACAUUUUGAGAGGACAGCUAUGCUAGGCGGCAGAGCAUCCCCAUUGGUUGAUUGGUGUUAUAACCUUCCAACGUUGAAUGUUCUUAUUUAUUGUGCAUAAAGAUAAGCUCAAAAGAUUGUACCAUUUGAUAGCAAACCGUACUGUGGGUAUCUUUCAUGAUGAACAAGCUGUUACUUGAGGAUCUAAUUUGGAUGGGCAAAAGUCACAAUGCUAAAUCAUUCUGAUGUUGGACACUCUUAAACCAGUUAUUGAUUCUAAUGGCAAGUACACCAGGAAAAGGUACCAUUUUUUCAUCACGGUUGGUAUGAGGGUUUUUUGUUUGUUUGCAUUGCUUUCCUUUUUUAUACUUCUAGAAAUAUGUGGAAGUUCUGGAUGGAGUAGCAAAGGUUUUACCCAGUGUUUGUUAUGUUUUGAAGAAUAAUCCCAUGAGCAGUUCUGUGUGUACGUUAUGUUUCAUUGUUUCAUAUGGCCAACAGUUCUAUUGUAGGUCGGUUUGACUCUAUUGUGUAAUAAGUGGUCAAUUCCAAAUUUGUUUA